AUGCCGCGGCCCGCGAAGCCUCCGAUGACUCUGAAGGAGGCCAAGCGGGCUUACAAGAAAGAGGGAGGCUUCCGAUACACUGCGUCGCAAAUGGCACGCGCCGACAGGUUGGACGCACAUGAAGAGAAGCGCAAGAAAGAGUUAGAGAAAGAGAAGCAACGCGUGGAGAACAAACGCAAGCGGGAAGAGAAGCUGGAGAGGGAGCGAAAUGUCAGACAGAAGAUGUUGGAGGAGGGUCGCAUCAGUGUCGAGGAGACUUGGGGGAAGGUGACCGCGAGUCAACCCCGACUGAACAAAUUCUUUGGACAGAAGCCUGCACUUCUGUCGUCGAAGGGGGCGGUGAGAGCUCAACCGAUAGUGGAGGAAGAAGACAUGCCGGUAGCAGACCCCACCGCUGAGGGCCAAGGAGAGAAAACUUGUGCUGGUGAGGACGACGGCCUUUCACAGAAAGGACUUGCAGAUGCCGCAGCUGUCCAAGGUCCAACAGCACCGACGAGCCUUUCUUCAGUCCCCACUUCAACCGCCGGCCUUGGUCAACAAGAAAAAAACCAUGACUCAACAGUCCCCAUUUCUCCGAGACAGAUGUCGUCUAAUCCAGCAUUAUCACCAGGGCUUAGAGAGCUGAGACCUUCGGAGAUCAAUUCUCGUCGGCUGGUCGCAUGUCAGCCUCCGAAUGAAGGCAAGAUCGGAUCACCACAGAGGUGUAUAGGGAAAUCAUGGCCAAACCCCAAACCCCCAGAGACAAAGGCAACUGCAAGUGUCGUGCAGCGGCGUUUUGAAGGCAUACUGCUUCCAAAGGACAAACUCGGCAGCAUAAGCUGCGAAAGCAGCCAAGGGAAUCAGGAAGCCGAGUCAGCCAAAGGCGGUCUUGAUACGUCAAGCAUGUAUCUGGAUGAAGAUUUCACUGAUGGUAUAGAUGACGAGACUUUUCUCAUGCUAUGCGCCACACAAAAGUCUCUUCCAGAUGAGCCGUUAACACGAGAGAAUUCGCCGGCUACGGCCUCGCUCGGUGGGACGCCGGUGCCUGAUUCCCCGAGACAUAAAGCAAGCCCUAGUCCGGCGAGAACGAUUCUGGCCCAAGAGUCCAGAACGCCGCUGUCGAAGGGUCUUUCGGAAAGCUUCAACUCAGUGUUCAAUGAAAUCGAGGACGAUGAUUUGAUUGCCCUUGCCCAGGAAGUGGAGGCCGAAAUGGCCACGCCGAUCCCAACACCCACAAUACCAUUAAUAGCAAGAAAUAUGGCUUCGAUGGCUCCGCCUCCACCUCCAAGGUCCAAGGCCCUGUCGCCGCUGGCCGCACAGAAUAAGAUGCAAAAGCCAGAGCUGCCACGAUCGAGGUUGAAGGAAAAGAGGAGACUUCCAUGGAACCUUCCCAGGGAUGAUUUCAUUGACCUCGGUCCGUCGACGCAAGCUUUAACGUUGGAACUCCUGGAGCAGGCUGAAGCGAACAUGAGAUGA